AUGCCAUCCUCGGCUACCACGGCUGCUGAGCUCUGGCUGGCAGAUCUUAAACGUGCUCAAGCGACUCUUCAAGACGUCGUUCGGGAGUGUGAUGGGACGCUGAGAGCAGCUGCCAUUGGAGGAGGUGGAGGACGGUCGCAGGAUGGUGUUGGAACGGCUAUCGCAGUAACUCGAGGGCGCAUUGCCCAGCUACGCCAGCUGCAUACACACUUAGCGAGAGGCUUGGCCAACCUCUCUGGCGAGCCAGAAGCGCAGUUGGAAGGGGACAUUCAGCGUGCCUGGUCCAGCUUCCAGUCCAAUCUCCAGCGAAGGAGUGGCCAAGCUGAUCUCGAGAGUGAGCCGUAG